AUGACCACCACAAAGCCGGCCGCAGCUGGUCGGGGCAGCUGCUCCCAGGAUCCUGUGCUGGGACUAAGCACCGCCCUGACUGGACAAAGCCAAGGAACCGGGAGGCCCUGGGGCCCCACGGCAGAGCCAGCUGCAUCUCUAGGGGGAAAUCGAACCCAUUAUGGGAGGUCCAUCCAGGUCCGCCUCCCUUCCUCCCUGCCCCUCCUUGUCUGGUCUCUCUGGGAACCCAGUUUUUCCAUCUGCCUGCCGAUCUCUUCUCUGGAGCGGGAGCUCCCAUCCUUGGCUAAGAACUGGGUGAUGCGGAUGUUGUUUCUGGAGCAGCCAUUGCCCCAAGCAGCUGUAGCCCUGUGGGUGAAGAAGGAAUUUAGCAAAGCCCAAGAGGAAAGCACAGGACUGUUGAGUGGUCUCCGUAUCUGGCACACCCAGCUGCUUCCCGGUGGCCUCCAGGGCCUUAUCCUCAACCCUGUCUUCAGACAAAAUCUUCGUGUUGCUCUCCUGGGAGGGGGGAAGGCUUGGUCAGAUGACACAAGUCAGCUUGGCCCAGACAAACACGCCCGGGAUGUUCCAUCACUGGACAAGUAUGCAGAGGAAAGAUGGGAGGUGAUCCUGCACUUCAUGGUUGGCUCCCCAAGCGCGGCCGUCAGCCAGGACCUGGCCCAGCUACUCAGCCAGGCUGGGCUUAUGAAGAGUUCCGAGCCUGGAGAGCCACCCUGCAUUACCUCUGCUGGUUUCCAGUUCUUGCUGUUAGACACACCUGCCCAGCUUUGGUAUUUUAUGCUGCAGUAUCUGCAGACAGCUCAGAGCCGAGGCAUGGACCUGGUUGAGAUCCUGUCCUUCCUCUUCCAGCUCAGCUUCUCUACUCUUGGCAAGGAUUAUUCUGUGGAGGGCAUGAGUGAUUCCCUUCUUAACUUUUUGCAACAUCUACGAGAGUUUGGGCUGGUGUUCCAAAGGAAGAGAAAGUCUCGGCGCUAUUAUCCAACCCGAUUGGCCAUCAACUUGUCAUCAGGUGUUACUGGUGCUGGAGGUACUGCUCAUCAGCCAGGCUUCAUCGUUGUGGAAACCAACUACCGGCUGUAUGCCUACACUGAGUCAGAACUUCAGAUUGCACUCAUUGCCCUCUUCUCUGAGAUGCUCUAUCGAUUCCCCAAUAUGGUGGUAGCCCAGGUCACUCGGGAGAGUGUGCAGCAGGCCAUUGCUAAUGGUAUCACAGCCCAGCAGAUCAUCCACUUCCUGAAGACAAGAGCACAUCCAGUGAUGCUGAAACAGACUCCUGUACUGCCUCCCACCAUCACAGACCAGAUCCGACUCUGGGAGUUGGAGAGAGACCGGCUUCGAUUCUCCGAGGGCGUCCUCUACAACCAGUUCCUGUCUCAGGUGGACUUUGAGCUGCUGCUGUCACACGCCCGGGAGCUGGGUGUGCUGGUCUUCGAGAACACGGCCAAGCGGCUCAUGGUGGUGACCCCCGCAGGGCACAGUGACGUCAAGCGGUUCUGGAAGAGGCAGAAGCACAGCUCCUGAGACAGGGUCGGGGCUGCAGGGAGCGGCUGGGGCCACGCGCACCCCAGAGACUGGCGAGGAAACGGAGGGUGUGGCCCGGCCCGGAGCCGAGCGGUGCCGGAGGGAGGGCCAGGGGAGGCCGGGCCGGGAGCGCCAUGCCCCCAGGCUACCCAGGGAAGGAGUGGUAGCCUCACGCCCACUGAGCUCAGAAUGCCUGGCUCCUGGAGCGAGUCGCAGGGCCUUGCAUUAUUUUUUUUUU